GUCCUGCAGCAGACCGCUGACAACAAGGGGGAGAGAGACGGUCCGGCUGCUCCAAAUGUUCCCGGACACCGAGACAGGACCCGGACAGAAGAACGGAGAGCGGCGCGGCGACUCUGGGGACUCACCGGGAACAUGGCGGCGGCGACAACAACGACCUUAUCGGUAGCGUUGUGUCGGUAAACCGGAGGUACGACGCGUCGUAACGGAGGAGCGUCACUUCACCAGGGUCAGCAAAAAGCAGCGCAACACCUGAGAGGAGAUGAGAAGAAACCUGGAGGCAGCAGCUUGUUUCUAAGCAACAACAGCAACACGACYGUACACACCAUGGGCUACAAGAUUCCCGGGGCAGCGAUGGAUAGAGUCAGCCUGCUGUGGCGCCUGAGACGCCGCGCUCGCCGCGGAGCCGUCUGCAUGGUCUUCUUCUGCAUCUCCAUGGCUCUGCUCUACGCCAUCUGCGCCGAAAACAGCGUGCCCGUCACCGACGCCAUCUUCGGCGUGCGAGCACGGACCAGGGCUCAGCCUCGGGCACACUCAGUCAUCAAGGUGCUUCGGGCCGGAGGUAAAACYUUGUACAUCGACCCCCAGAAGCUCCCAGGUGUCAUUCCAGGUGACCCUCACCGCCCCAUUCCCGUCCUGUCCUCAAUGAACCGAACCCUCGAGGACUUGGACUCUCCACCUAAGCGAGCAGUAAAAGUGAGGGAGCCCUCGGGGUUUUUCGCUCGCAUUCUGCCCCGCCCCUUCACACGGGCACUGGAGACACUCUUCGGGAGACGGCGGAAGGGGGAGCUGAGCGGCAAAUCGGGGGACRCCGAGUUCUUCGGGCCUCACGGGCUUCUGGGGGAAGUGUGGAACGACGAGAUGUCCAGCAGCAUGCUGGGGAGCAGAAUGAAAAAAGUGGUUCAGAACUACCAAGUGAUGAAUAAAUACGGAGUCAAGUUCUCCGGCCCAGGUGGGGUCUCCACAAGGCUCAAGUUAACCGGUCCUGAGCUUCUCUGCCAACUUAAGAAAAAAGUAGAAGUCUCAACGUUGACCUCYGACCUCGAGCCUUUCUCAGUGUUACCCUGGGCCACCCAGCUGCCAGUGAACCARAUGACCUCUGACCUCGGGCCUUACAAGAGCUGCGCCGUGGUGUCGUCAGCAGGGUCGCUCCGAAACUCUGGGCUGGGCAAAGAAACAGACUCCCAUGAUGCAGUGGUGCGGUUCAACGGYGCUCCAACCAUCGGCUUCGAGAAAGAUGUGGGCUCUAAAACCACCAUCCGCCUCAUCAACUCACAGGUGAUGGCGACGGAUGAACAUCGCUUCUUGUCCAGUUCUUUGUACAGCUCGGGUGUUCUGGUGGCAUGGGACCCCGCCCCCUUUUCUUCUGACCUGACUCAGUGGUACAACCGAACAGAUUACCCCAUCUUCGCCCAGUACCAGAGAUACAGGAGGCUUCACCCGCAGCAGCCUUUCUACAUCCUGCAUCCUCGCUUUGAGUGGCAGCUCUGGCAGCGAAUACAAGACAACAUGGCUGAGCCCAUUCAGAAGAACCCGCCCUCUUCUGGCUUCCUGGGAACGGUCCUCAUGAUGUCUCUGUGUGAGGUGGUGCACGUCUACGAGUUCCUGCCRUCCCGCAGGAAGACGGAGCUGUGCCACUACUACCAGCGUUUCUUUGACGCCGCCUGCACGCUCGGCGCCUACCACCCCUUACUGUACGAGAAGAACCUGGUGAAACGCAUGAACCUGGGCUCGGACCGGGACAUCUACAUGGAYGGCCGCGUCACGCUUCCUGGGUUCAGAGYGAUGAACUGCACCUCUGAUGGAGURCCUGAACACUGACUGACACGCAACACAACACAAUGCAACAAUAAUCCCUGCAUGAAGACCGAAGACAGAUGCAUGAAAUCCUCUCAGUCACUGCCGAAUCCAAACAUUCAUCACAGAACACACUGGAGUUCAAUCUGCUGCCAAGUGAGCCAGCUACUUUCAAAACCUGCUGUAAAUAGCAUUAGAUACUAUACAAGUACACUUUUAAAUAUACUAGAAAAGUAUAAAAGUSCUCCAUUUCAAGGCCAUGGUUUUAUUUAGAAAAAAUGCUAAACCUUAACAUUUCUGCCAAACAUCUAAAGCACAAAGGCUUUACAGAAGAAUCUCAAGUUAGUGUUGACAAUGCAGACAUUUUCAAAAAAACAUCUGCUAGAUUUGUCAAUUUUGGGUUUGAUUUUCAAUCUUCGAGACUUACCGUAUUUAUUCAAGUAUAAUAUGUAAAAUUGAAUCUAUAAAAUCAUCCAUAAAGUUGGGGG